UUUGUGGUGAGUUUAGCAAUAUUAUUGCAACAACAACAAUAAAAUUUGCAAGAAAAAAAAUUCCACAAUAUUCUACGAAGAGGGACCCAUAAAUUUCGUUGAAAUUUUGUUAAUAAAACAAUUAUUAUAAACAAAAUGCCUAAAAAGAUUGGAAUGAACUCCAAGGCCGUAGAGGCUCGAGAACGUAAGGCUGCUGUUAAAAAAGCAACUCAAGACAAAGCAGCCAAGGAUGCGGAAGAUCGUAUGUGGAAAGAUGAUGACAAAACGUUGGCUCGCAAACAACAGAAACGUGAAGAAGAUGAACGUAAAAAAGCAGAAGUAGCCAAAAGAAAGGCAGAGGCAAAAGCUCUGCUAGAUCAGGAAAUGAGUUCAAUAAAGACACAGGGAAAGCAACCACUGGCGAAAAUCAAUCGUCAACAGAUUUUAGAGGAAAUGGAAAAGAAACAAAGGGCCAUAGAUGCUAUAAAUGCGGCCAAUAAGCCACUGCCACCAAGAGUUGUAGUACAACAUGAUGUAAUAGAGGAAAAUCUUAAUCGCACAAUGGCUGAUGUGGAAGUGGCUUCUGGUAUUGAGCAAGCUAUUGCUGUGUUGAGUGUUAACGACGAUGAGGAAGACAAACAUCCCGAGAAACGUAUGCGUGCGGCAUAUAAAGCUUUUGAAUCUGCCAAUAUGCCACGUAUUAAAGCUGAGAAUCCUUCGCUUCGCCUGUCUCAAUGGAAGCAAAUGUUAAUGAAGGAAUGGAAUAAAUCACCAGAUAAUCCCUUUAAUCAAGCACGUUGAUUAUUGAAUAACGUUUGUGAAAUAUAUUGGGGUUUCGUUUAAGAGUUUCUCUCUACGUCUCUUUUUUUGGUUAGGAAUACCAGCCAUAAUUCCUGAAUUUAUUUGUUUGAUUUGUAGUGUAUGCUUCUCAUCUUCACUUUUUGUUGUAUAUUUUCUUUAAUUUUAAAUUUAGUGAAUAUUUACAAAAUAUAUUUAUUAACACAAA